CUCCGCGUUCCGCCUCGUGUCAGCGACGUUCACACGUGACGCGCCCCCGCCCGGCUCCUUCUCCUCCUCCUCCCCACUAGCGCUAAGCAGCGGCGGCGCUUCCCGGCUCGCCCUCCGAUGGCCGCUCCAGAGCGUUCCUGGCAGGCUGCACGCCGGGGCUGAAGCCAGUCAGCCCGCCGCCCCGAGGAGCCCGAGCAGGUACGAUAGCAGCCACCCUCGUUCAAGAUGCCGGAACAAAGCAAUGAUUACCGUGUGGUGGUCUUCGGGGCCGGUGGUGUGGGGAAGAGCUCCCUGGUCUUGCGCUUCGUCAAAGGCACUUUCCGUGACACGUACAUACCAACUAUCGAGGACACCUACAGGCAGGUCAUCAGCUGCGACAAGAGCGUCUGUACCUUGCAGAUUACCGACACCACAGGGAGCCACCAGUUCCCAGCCAUGCAGCGCCUCUCCAUCUCCAAAGGCCACGCCUUCAUCUUGGUCUUCUCUAUCACCAGCAAGCAGUCCCUGGAGGAGCUGAAGCCCAUCUACCAGCAGAUCGUGCAGAUCAAAGGCAGCGUGGAGAGCAUCCCCAUCAUGCUGGUGGGCAACAAGUGCGACGAGACACAGCGCGAGGUGGAGACCAAAGAGGGUGAGGCCAUGGCCAAGGAGUGGAAGUGCGCCUUCAUGGAGACAUCAGCCAAGAUGAACUACAAUGUCAAAGAGCUCUUCCAGGAGCUGCUCAACCUGGAGAAAAGGAGGAACAUGAGCCUCAACAUCGAUGGCAAGAGGUCCAACAAGCAGAAGAGGACAGACAAAAUCAAGGGGAAGUGCAGUCUCAUGUGAAACCGCCCCAACUCUCCAUUGUCCUCCUCCUCCUCUUCAUUGUUGGUGUCCACACUCCAAACUCUCGUUCACAUUCCUCCUCUUCUUCGCCUUUUACUCUCCCUCAUUGCAUCUUAGCGCUGUGACGGCAUUAGGGACGCUGAAACACCUCAAGCUCACUUGCCGACGAUUUCUCCUCUUUGCUCCCUCCAUCCAGUACGGAGCAACGCAAUAUUGCAUGGGAGAGGCACUCCUUCUUGCAGCUGGAGAUGAAACUAUCUCUCUUUCUUGCCCCCCCCCCCCUCUCCCCGACCCUCCUUUGCUUAUUACUCCUGAACUGCCCCAAGUGGAGGAGGAUAAACUUUGGAGGAAGUCUUCUCCCACCUGAGACAAUGCUGUUCUUGGAAGGUGGCCUGCAAUUGGAGCAGAGGAGGAUUCCACUUUUGGAAAAACACAUCUACAUGGUGGUGAGGAUUCCGUAUAGCAGGAACAGAUCAACACUGCGCAGUGGAGAAGCAUGGAUUGGCGCAAAGAGAUGCUCUUGCUGUAUUGCGUGGGGGGAUGGGGAGGGACACUUCCCAAACUCCAAAUCGUGCAGGGGGGCUCUUUCUGCUCCCUUCUCCCCUGAUCUUUUUGCCUGUGAGCUGCACAAAACCGGAAAUGCACAAUUCCCAGACAAGUUGGCUUUCCCCCUCUCACCCGUCCCCACUUCACUCUUUCUCCCCUUUAUUUUUUUAAUCAAGAAGGAUGAUUGACAGGCAACAUUCGGAAGUUCCUUUGGUCAUCGCAACCCUGCUGGUUAGAUGUGGGUGUCUCAGGGUGUCUGCACAAGCUGGGAAAGACGCCUGAGCAAUUAGUCAGUGAACCUUUCAAAUGUUUCAAGCAUUAGAGCUGUUGCCAUCGUUGAGCUUAAAGAUGGAUCUGAGUAAGGACUCCCAAGCGGUGCAGGGAGCUCUUGCACCUGACAAGGGGGACGGCGCAGGGCUGAAGAGUUUCAGCGGCUCAGACGUUGCUGAGAGAGGACUCUGUGUUCACCUCUGAAAGACAAAUAAUUUGUGCCCGUUGCACAGCAAGACACAGCAGACAGGAGCAAAGAAGUAUAAAGGGACAGACUUAAGGAGCCUGGCCAAAGCAGGCCUUCUGAUGUUACCUUCUCCCGUCCCUCUUUCUUCCCCUCCCUCUUGCCAAUAUGCCAAACUUUGAACAUUUCAA